CAUUUGGCUUCAGUAGAUUGUGCCGUGGAGAGGAGAAGGACAGCAGCGGCAGCGCAGCGAAGGGAGCAGCAGUGCGCUGGUGAAAAAAAAAAGACAAGAGAAACGAAAAUCUAACAAUGAAAAGGACGCAUGAACGCAUUGCAGUUCACCAGUAGCUAAACUAGUCUUUUUAUAUUGAAGUCAAUGACGUAGAAUCGUCUAAGCAAGUGAUUUAAAGGUUAGCAGCUGGCUAAAGCGAGACAGGGCUGUGUCAUUGAGAAGGCAGGACACGUCAAGACGAGGAAGGGAGAAAAAAUAGACACUCCUGUCGGAUUAAAGAUCCCCACUUUAUAAUAUCAGAUCACCAGUUUAUUCGAUCUUCUGCGUUAGUUUGCGUUGUGAUAAUAUCUGGAACGAGUGUCUGUCCUCAGUCAUCGCUUGGAUCAGCCACUAAGGGCUUAGGAAGCAAGAACAACUGUGUUGGAGCCAGGUUGAACUGGAGAACAUAAAUGGGGGAUUACGGGUUUGGAGUCUUAGUGCAGAACAACACUGGCAACAAGUCUGCUUUCCCAGUACGAAUCCACCCUCACCUGCAACCGCCACACCAUCACCAGAAUGCGACCGCCAGCCCCGCCGCUUUCAUAAACAGCACCCCGGCUGGAAAUGGCAGCAGCAGCGGUUCGACCUGGCUGUUCCCGGCGGCCGGCGCUCACAGCAACAUGCAAGAUGAAAUUCUGGGAUCCGAGAAGCCCAAAGCCCAGCAGCAAGAGCUGCAGGACAACCAGGAGAAGCAACAGCAGCAGCAGCUCUCCCCUGGACACCAGGAGAGUGGCAUCAUCUCCGAGCUGGAAAAGGCUCGUGCCGAAGAGAGCAAGGUGGAGAGCGGGUCAUCCGACGGGACCAACGGCAAGGAAAAGCUGCGUUUGGAGUCCCCCGUGCUGACGCCCUUUGACUAUCAGGAGCCCUCGGGACUGGGUACGGCUGCCCAAUCCAGCACCUCCUCCUCACUGACCAGCUUCAACAACUGGUCGGCUGCUAUCCCCGCCACCCCCUCCACCAUCAUCAACGAGGACAUCAGCUUCUUCAACCCGGCCGCCUCGGCCAACAACGGCCCUCUGCUGUUCCAGAAUUUCUCCCACCACGUCAGCCCAGGCUUCGGGGCCAACUUCUCCCCUCAGAUUGGUCCCAUCUCUCAGCACCACCCACCUCACCCCCACUUCCAGCACCCUCACAGCCAGCACCAGCAGCAUCGCCGCUCUCCGGCCAGUCCCCAUCCGCCGCCGUUCCCCCACCGCAGCGCCCCCUUCGGCCAGCUGCCGCAUCUCUCCAACAACCUGAGCAAGCCUCCCUCACCCUGGGGCAGCUACCAGAGCCCCUCUCCCUCUCCUUCUUCCACUUCGUGGAGCCCAGGUGGGGGUUACGGCGGUUGGGGUGGCUCCCAGGGCCGUGAGUACCGCCGUGGCUUGAAUGGCGGAAUGACGCCUCUCAACUCCAUCUCCCCGCUGAAGAAGACCUUCCCCAACAACCACAUGCCCCAGCAGAAGUACUCCCGUGCAAGCCCCGGCUUCAACCCCAAGUCCUGGAUGGAUGACAGCAGGAGCGAGAACAUCUUCCCUUUCCAGGAUCGUCCCCGUUCAUUCGAUGGCUUCAACAUGCAUUCUCUGGAGAACUCUUUGAUUGACAUCAUGAGGGCUGAGCAAGACACUCUGAAAGGUCGCCUCGGAUUCACCCAUACAGGAGGAGACAGCCCCUUGCCCAUAAAUGCAAGGAAUUAUGGGAGGCGACGAGGACACUCAUCCCUGUUCCCGAUGGAAGAUGGCUUCCCAGACGAGGAGAGAGGCGAUCAGAGCCUGCCUGGCCUCGGUUCCCCCCACUGCUUCCCUCACCAGAACGGAGAGAGGGUGGAGCGCUAUUCUCGCAAAGUCUUUGUGGGUGGCCUCCCCCCUGACAUAGACGAAGACGAGAUAACUGCAAGUUUUCGCCGCUUUGGGCACCUGUUUGUGGACUGGCCUCACAAAGCAGAGAGCAAGUCAUACUUCCCCCCGAAAGGUUAUGCUUUCCUCUUGUUUCAAGAUGAGAGCUCUGUUCAAGCCCUUAUCGAUGCCUGCAUUGAGGAGGAUGGAAAGCUCUACUUGUGUGUUUCCAGCCCCACCAUUAAAGACAAACCUGUCCAGAUUCGCCCAUGGAAUCUUAAUGAUAGUGAUUUUGUGAUGGAUGGAUCACAGCCCCUGGACCCGAGGAAGACCAUAUUUGUGGGUGGGGUGCCACGUCCACUUCGUGCAGUGGAGCUGGCGAUGAUCAUGGACAGGCUGUAUGGUGGCGUGUGCUACGCAGGCAUCGACACAGACCCGGAGCUGAAGUACCCCAAGGGAGCAGGGCGGGUCGCCUUCUCUAAUCAGCAGAGCUACAUUGCUGCUAUCAGUGCUCGUUUUGUACAACUGCAGCAUGGAGAAAUCGAUAAACGGGUGGAAGUGAAGCCAUACGUCCUGGAUGACCAGCUGUGCGAUGAAUGUCAGGGGACUCGCUGCGGAGGCAAGUUCGCUCCGUUCUUCUGCGCUAACGUGACCUGUCUCCAGUAUUACUGUGAAUACUGCUGGGCGGCCAUCCACUCACGCGCCGGCCGGGAGUUCCACAAGCCUCUGGUCAAGGAAGGCGGCGACAGACCUCGCCACAUCUCCUUCCGCUGGAACUGAAGCUGGUAGGCCAGGAGACGACGGAGAGAAAGAGAGGAGGGGGAGAGUAGGCUAGGAGGAGUCGCAAAAUCAUCAUCUAAAUAAAUGCACUUUUCUGUUGCUGGUUCCUUUUUAGUUUAAUUUAAAAAAGACAGACAAAAACUAUGAUUUUAAUUUGUCAUUUAAUAUAUUUAAAAAAAAAAAAAAAAAACAUGGAUGUGUAUCCAAAAAAAGAUUCAGGAAGAAAAAGAAAAUGUCUAAUCCAUCUCUCUAUUUUUUUAUAACUCCAUUCUAUUUCAUUUUCAAGUGCACAGAGAUGUGAAUAUAUUGAGUAUUAGUAUAAUUUGUCAGUAAGUAUCUGCAUGACUUUAGAAUUGGCUUUUUGUUAACAUUGCGAUUGGAAGUAUUACGUCCUAUUUUAAUUUAAUCGAAAAGGCGAAGGAGCAAACGUGAAAAGAAAAGGUGCGGGAAGAGUGCACUUAUUUCUUUGCUACCCAGAGUGCAGAUGUGUGGUCUUGAGAUCUCAGUUGUUAACCAAAGCUUGGGAUUUGAGAACAGAAGUGAAUUCUCUCGACGCUCUGUUUCUUUUGGUAUACUUUGUACUUUAAGACCAUGCUAAUCUUUAAUGUUUCUUGAUGACAACAACUGAUUCCACAACAGCUGUCUGGAUUUGAUCUCCAUUGUGACAUGCAAGAAAACUAAUACCUCAAGCUUAGCUGCUAGUUUAAGUCGAAUAUAUAUAUUUAAGAAAAAAAAACAGAAAAAAAAAAUCAAGCUGGUCUCUCACCCUUUCCCCCAGGACCACACAAAAAGGAAAUGACAUCAGCAAACGGCACAUUGAGAAAAUCUGCUCUGUCACUUCCUGCUUUGAAUUGGAGAUUCAGCAUCCUAGUGGGGAAUGUAUGUUGUUAAAGUUGCAGUAGUCUGCCUGCAAGCUGGUUCAAGUGCAAGGAACUUGAUUUCGUUUCUGGCCCAGCUUAGCAAGAAGCAGCCGACGUUCUCUCAGGCUGUUAGCGGCAAGCCUUCGCUUUCAUUUUUAACUCGCAAUAUGUGUCUCCCAAGCCUUUCCCCAGCCCCCAGAAACCCUGAAAAGUGGUGUACGUACAAGCAGUUAGAAGGGAGGAAGAACGAUCGAACAAUGUACCUCCUGUCCUGCAGCAGCCGUGCCCGCUCAGCCUGAGUGUGAAGCAUAACUGAAGGUAGUCCAUGCAUCUCUCCGCUCUCUCGCUCGGCCCCUUCCCCCAACGCUCACCUGAAACACAAGAGGUUUUGCUUUCAGACAUUAGGGAACCAAAGAUGGCUGUGUAGUAGCUAGCGAAUCCAUAAACGUUUUCUUUCUUUCGCCCUGCAGAUUUCAUUUCGGCUGAUUAUU